CCGGUCUUACCUUGCCGCCAUCACUAUGGAGCUCUCACACUUAUCCUUUCUCGCUGUUUCGAACGGCGAGCGCACCUCUGCUCGAUAGCGAGCUUUAUCGUCUGUACAGUGUACACUAUGUUCUAUCCGGGGACAGCCAGACCAGAAAAACUCGGUACUGCGCAUACGAUAACAUAUAUAUUAAUACACAUAGGCGAUUCUAAUUCCAUUCUCGACUAAUCAAGCUCGCCAUUCACGUUCUCGCAAUAACAAUCAGCUUCUCCACUGGCAAGAAAGCCACUAAACCGACCAUGCCUGGUUUGGAGCUCUCUGACUGCGCAGUCUGAUUGAUGGAGCAAACAGUCUUCUUUCGCCCUCGAAUUGGAGCAGCUAUUCGCAAUUCCCUAUAGUAGGAACCCUUGGAUGCACCAGACUACUAGUCACAUCGACGUCCCAAGGUUUUCUGGGCGUAGCAGGGGUGGAAGAGGAACAUGGUUAACGCAUACCGUAAUGCUCACAGCACCCCUUUUCCUCAGGCAGUACCGCGACGAACCCGCAUCUACCCAAUCUCCUCGACAUGCUGUCCAAAGACCCUCGGGGAAAACGCAAAGACAAAAACUGCGCUCGUCAGAACCAGUCAAAUUGGACAAAUACUACAACAGCUACAUAGCUCGUUCUCGGAGGAUCAGUGUUUGGCGCUUAGCACGGGUCACAGCAACGUCAACAUCAACUGUCUUUACGACCUGGCCACCGUGACGGCGGGCCCGACCAAGACGCAACGGUUGGUCACCUUGAUGAUAGUCCCAUCACCGCGACCCAUAUCUGAAAAAACGGAGCGCCUCGAUGACUCGUUACGCUAGUGCAAAAUGAUUAUACUCGUUCGCCUCGGCCGACAGGAUUUAGAUAUCACUGCACAGAUCUAUCAACUGUUUUGGAACAAAGAGGGGGAGAGAAGGGAAUGCUCCGUACGCACGUCCAUAGUAGGAGUAGUAGUCAUAAUGUCACGUUGCCAGGUGCAGUCAAGAUCCCCCCCGUGUUCUCUGACAUCCUGCGAACGGCCGUCAUGAUACUACGACAGAUGGCAUAUGCGUGUACUAGGAUCCGGUAGAUGUAUUCACGAUGAUGAUGCAAUAUCAGCUAUAAUACACUGGCAUUCUGAUGAU